AUGUACAAGGUACUGGAGUGCAUUAUACUGGACCAACUCAUUAAAAAUCGCGAAGAAACAACGCGCGACGAGCAAGCUGGCUUUCGUCCUGGCCCAUCUACGAUUGAACAGGUGUUCAUCGUCAAGAGAGUGAUCGAAAUCUGGCAGCGGUAUUCGAAGCCAAUGCGACUAGCGUUUCUGGACUUUGAAGCCGCGUUCGACUCUCCUCACCUAGGCCGUCUUCUCAACGCGCUCAGCGCCGACGGAGUACCAGGAAAGUUCGUUCGCUUGCUUGAUGACAUGAAUCAACGAACAACUGCUGCAGUUCGAACACCAGCCGGAUGUACAACACCGUUUGAAGUGGUAACUGGAGUAAGACAAGGGGCAGUGGCAGGACCUUUCGUGUUCAAUUUCGCAAUCGACGACAUUAUGCGAAGAACAGUCGACCAGUGUCCUGCCGACAUUGUCUUAGCACCAUCAGGGUGCCUCUUGACUGACCUCGGGUACGCUGACGAUGUUAUUAUAUUCGCGGAAAGCAGUACGAAACUUCAACAUGUUGUCAACCUUGUAUCGAAGCUGGCUGCAGCCUAUGGACUACGCCUACGCCCUGAUAAAUGCAAGCAGAUGUGGAUCUCUUCGAGACCACGAACGGGAAUCAGGGUGGACGGACAACCGAUAGAACUCGUCGAUGAGUUCUGUUACCUAGGCUUACGCUGA